GCUCGCUUAUUGGUUGAGCGCGUGCCGUCAGAAACUGACAGCGCUCAAAAGCGCUCGGCGCUCUCGCAGAUGUGCAUUGACUCUGACAGAGAAGACACGUCUACCGCUGGAGUGUUUAUCAUUGAUGUGGACUACUUUAUAAUACUUGUACAUUUUAACACAGUCAGGGGAAACUGACAAUAUACUACGACUGAAGUCAACAAACGAAAACUAAACAUGCUGUGUGUUCGCAACUCCGGUGACUGUUUACGUGACCAGAUGCAAUACAUGAUGAGAUCCCUGCAGGAUCUAAAGCAGAUAAGAGAACCCGCCGAUCAACCAAAAUGCUCUUAUGUGACCCGAGCCCACCAAAAGAGGGUACAACAGCGAGAACACCUCAGCCGCCUGCGGAUGUCCGACGUCAGCGAUGCUAGCACCUACGAUUCGGCCUGCUGCUUGGCAAGCCCGUUGGAGGAAGAAGAAGAUGAAGCCGCAGUGGGCCGUCUGCCUCAGGGGUCCCCCAGCAGUGUAAAAAGUUUGGAGUUUGAUUCCGGGUAUUCAGAAGCAUCGUGGCAGGAUGAGGGCGUUGUGUUGAGACGGACGCGGAACGUACGAGUCUCGUCAUCCGCGUGUGUGCGUACUAACAGAAUCCGACCCAAAUCGACGUCGGACGCUUGCUUGGAGCGCUGGACUUCUUUUGAGGCCACCGAUCCUGAGGACUGGACUACGUCUUUGUUAACCAGGGGUCGUAAUAGGCAACCUCUGGUUCUUGGGGACAACAGCUUUGCGGACCUUAUUAAAAAUUGGAUGGACCUUCCGGAGUGUCCAGAUUCGGCCGAACUCAAACCAAACAUCGGACGUAAAAUAGCUAAGGACUUUUUGGUUAACAUGCGGAGGAAACUGACAGGGAUGUCAAAGGGAAUAGAGGAGAGGGGGAGGUCUCGAGAGCCAUGCUUUAAACGCAUGUCGUGCCCUGUUGGUUUUCAGCCUCCUAAACCAUUUUUUCACCAGUCCCACACAAGUUUGCACCAAACGGGAACGGACUUUUACCAGUUCAGGGCUCUUAUGAAGACAGGAAGUCGACAGCCAAUCAUUUGCAAUGACAUCAUUGGAUAUAUCUGAGGGGUUUGUUAUAUAAAUGGACUCAACCUCUCAAGAUUGCUUGAAAUUUCCUAUAAUAGGAGAUUGUGGACUUUUUCAUUUUCUACAGUAUAAAUAAAUAUUG